AUGGCAAACCGCGCACCAAACUUGGACCCUCUUGUCUUCUCAAUUCAGGACCUUGAGAAAGAAGGGACAAGGCGGCUUUCGCAAGGAUACCGCGAUUUUUACAAUGGUGGUGCAAUGGACAUGAUUACGCUCAGGGACAAUGUUUCGGCAUACGAUCGAUACAAGAUCCAGCCGCGCAUUCUUCGCAAUGUCUCCAAUCUAGACUCGACUGCAGAAAUCUUCGGAUACAGGGCGAGUUUCCCUUGCGCUCUGAGCCCAACUACGAUGCAUUGUCUAGCGCAUCCAGAUGGAGAACUGGCGACGUCGAGGGCGGCAGCGAAGGCAGGGAUAGCAAUGGCCUUAUCUUCAUACUCCAAUAUGGCAUUAGAGAACGUCAUAGCUCAGGGAACUGGUAACCCCUACAUGAUACAAAUGUGCAUUUUGAGGGACCGGAGUCGCACGUUGCAGUUGCUGGAAAGGGCGGAAAACGCCGGUUACAAAGCACUAUUCCUCUCUGUCGACGUACCGGUCCUGGGAAGACGACUGGGAGAAAUGCGCACAGACUUCUACCUGCCGAAACAUCUGUCCUUUCCCAACAUCUUAUCAAGCGGCGAUGGAGACUUUGGUGAUGACGAGACCAAGCGCAACGGGCCCACGGCUUUCGAUGACACGCUAGAGUGGGAGGAGGUCAUUCCAUGGUUGCGGAAGCACAGCAAUAUGCAGAUAUGGCUGAAGGGAGUGCUAUCGCCUGAAGAAGUUGAACAAGCGGUAGUUGCGGGUGUCGACGGGGUGAUCAUCUCGAAUCACGGGGGUCGCCAGCUUGACGGUGUGCCUGCCACACUGGAUGCGUUGCGCUCCUGUGCGCCCAUUGCCAGAGGACGUAUUCAGAUUGCCGUGGACGGCGGGAUAAGGAGAGGUUCAGAUAUUUUCAAGGCCAUCGCACUCGGGGCGCAGUGCUGCCUUCUCGGACGGAUCGCCAUAUGGGGGUUAGCUUACAAAGGCCAGGCGGGCGUAGAGUUGGGUAUUCGGAUUUUAUAUGAUGAGUUCAGAUCUACCAUGGCGUUGGCUGGCUGCCGUUCGGUAAAGGAAAUCUCGACGGAUCAUCUGAGUGUAUUGGAGGGCAACGGUAUUCUCGCGAAGCUUUGA